AUGGCCGAAAGCUCCGAGACGGUUUGUUUGGCAGUGAAACGUUUGGAUUUAAAUGAUACAGAAAUCUCAGAUGUGAUUUCUUUGAACAUCAGCAAAGGGGACAGUGUGGCAGAAGUUACUCACAAAAUACGAGCGGCCCUGGAACCCAAUGAUGCUGACCUCAUUUUCAAGUUGCGCAAUACCCAGGGACAUUUAAUUCCUUUAAAUGGAAAGAUUGCUGAUAGACCUUCCAGCCCCUCUAGCCCGCUGACUUUGGAGGUGGCUCGGCGCUUUCAGUCAGUGCAACCAGAACCAAACUCCCUUACGCUGACACAGUUUGAAGAUGAGAUGGUGAAAAAACUGGCCACUAUACAGGAAAGGAUUAAUCAGCUUGAGCUGGCAGAGAAAAAUAUGACAGAGAGACGAGCAGAUAGACUUAAACAGGAUGUGUUUGUGCUGCAGACUACAGUGGACUUUAUGACAAGACGUUUUGAGGAGUCCGAAUCUGUUCACUGGAAUGGAAUGUUCAUUCGGUAUCCGUUAUGGUGA